GCCCUCUUGGCGUCUAGUCCAAGAUCGAGGAGUCGCCCCGUUUAGACGCGCGCGUGUCCCGAAGCUCCCUGUGACAAGCCACGGAGAGAGAGAGAGAGAGAGACAAGUCAGUUACUCAGUCGUCGUCAGCUAGUUCGCACCCACUGCUGACGAGUGGAAAAAACAAAAAAAAGACUCGCAGUCUCUUCUUGAGAGUGAAAAAGACUUCUUGGUAGAUUUUAAGACUUUUUAUUAGAAUUUUCGUUUUGGUUUAUCGAGUGUGAACUGCGAAAGACAAUUCGAUGUUCUCGUCGCCGAAGGACGGCUUGAGAGAAUAAGUUAACGUUUUCGAGGAUGUUUUAUAGAAAUACUGCAGAGCAAUUUUAAGAAGGAAAAGGCUAUAAUUAUUAAAUCUCUUAGUUACCCUUAAGGGCAAAACCUGCAAAUUAGAAAACGGCGUAACUGACUUCAUUUCUUAUCGAACGAACUUAAGGUGGAAAGCGAAAGAAAUCUCGGCCCUCAGAAAAAAAAAAUGAAGUGUUCAGUUCCCAGUGGUGUCUUGUGGGCGUUCGUUUUCACAGCAUGCCUCCUCGACGUUACGAUGGGCGUGGAGCGUCAUCACCAACACCGCCCGCACGACGGGCGUCAUCUGAAGCGCGGUCGGUCCUCGCUGGAUGACCUACUCAGCCGCCUGGAUAACUCCAUCCAGGAGCACACCACCAGGCUUCAGAGGGGCCUUCCGUCCAUACACUACAGGACCGACGACCCCAUAGAGAUCGAGGAAGGCCCCACGGUCAUCCAGGACAUCUGGCAGGACGAGACCCACCUGGAGGACGCCGACGAUGACACCAGCGACUACGUCAACGCCGCCCCUUGGACGAGGGGCCCUGCCCACAACUCGGCCCUCAAGGGACAUGACUUGCAAAAGUUCCGCCUGGCCUCCGACAACGUGAGGUGGGUCAUCGACAACGGCAAGUGCGAGGUGCCCCUGAGGCGCUGCGUGCCCCUGUCGAACCUCGGCUCCGGGAGGAAGUUCUUCCCCAGGUGUGCUCUCCUGCACAGGUGCGGUGACGAUGCUGGAUGCUGCAACUCCCUCGAGCACACCUGCGCUGUGGAGGAGUCCGAGAAUGUAGAUCUCUACUUCUACGUUUAUGAGGACGCUCGUGCAGGUGUACAGAUGAUGACAUUUGUUAACCACACCAAAUGUUCCUGUCAGCCCAAGCAGGCUACUACGGAGCCCACAGGAAGAGAAGCGCCUCCAGUUUCGUGCAAGUGCCCCAAGAACUUCACGGCAGUGGUCGCUCCGUCAGGUCAGUGUACCUGUGACUGCGCCGAGGGCAAAUCUCCCUGUCGCAAAUACAAGAAGGGAAAGAGAUACUUCUCUGGAACAGACAUCAAGUGUAUCUCUUCAGGCGAAUGCGCGGAGCCCACCUGCGAAUACGGCCCCUUCAUCUUGAGAAAAAGAAGGUGCACCAAGAGAAGAGAGAGAGAGCGCUACACCACAACAUCCACCAAGUGAAUGGAAUGAGGGCCCUAAAAAAGUCCAGUUGUGAAUGCAGUUAAAAACAGUCCUUAUGGUGAAUGCAUAUUUCCUGUGAAUUGCUUUCCUUUACGCCCUUCCGUAUGGGUAGCUGUGCUUGCAAUUAUGUGCAUGUGGUAGGUGCAUAUGCCCAUGUAUGCAUAUAUGCAUUCAAGCACAAUUACCCAGGUAUACUGUAUGUGUGAAUACAUGCAAAAUAACAAUGUGUAUGUAUUUAUUUAAUGUUUCAUAAAUAUAUAUAUACAGUAUGCGUACAUUAUAUGUUUGAUACAAGCAUAUAUAUAUAUAUAUAUAUAUAUAU